GGUCUCCCUGAAUUCAUUAUUGUAAGGAUUUCGUGAUUUCGUGCGAACAUUGAAUUAUUAUGAAAGUGCCGAACAACAUCCGGGCGGAAGCCCAACACGCGAUCGCCUCCGACCCAGAUCGUGGUGGCAGGGCUGAGAUAGAAUUUUGGAAAUUUUUACAAAUACAAGACGAGUGCAGAUGCCAGUGGCUCAAGGCGAUACAGGAAGCGCAACGACUGCAACGCGAGCUUGAUUCUGCAACGCGGGGCAUGUCGAAGCUGGAGAUGAAUCUUUUUCGUGUGCGCCAACUUCACGAAAAAGAAAGCAAGGCACGAAAGCAUGCGGAAUACAAACGGAAAUCAAUGGAAAAAAAGUUGGCCGCACUUUGCGCAUGUGUUAAACAGGAUCCUAAUAUCAACGGUGAUAUUGUGGAGCAACUAGCUUCUAUGAGUAUUAUACCCAGCCAACGCUCAUCUGCUCAUAGUCAACAAGAUAUCAACGAUCUGAAUUCCACGCGCUCAUUUUUGUCGGACUUCUUAUUGACCCAGUCGGAGGAUGAAUUUUCUGUUAAAAUGAAUCGAUUAUCGGCGGCGAUAAGUGCUGCGACUGGUAUGAAUGGGGACAGCAAUAAUGAUUCAGACAGGGGAAGUGUCGUUACAGUUGUUAAUCUCGGCAAUAUGAGAAACUCCGGGUCCUCAUCUGGGUCAACGAGCGAUCUACAGAACAAUGAACAAAUAUUAGCGAAAUCGAAUACUCAUAAAUUUGUGUCACCACAACGAACCCCAAAAGUGAUGUUUGCACCUGUGUCAGUACAUAAGCGAGAGGUUUUCUCGAGCGAUUCUGAUUCAAGGGAGGAUGAAUCGCCAGAGUCUUCAAGAGAAAGAAUCAAUCGAAGGCUUCCUAAGAGACGAUUGAUAAACUUAUUUACCCAAGCUCAGACGGAUUCUAAUUCUGAAUCAGCCACAAUAAGUCCUGUUUUGGAAAGAAAACAUAACUUCAUGCGGAAAACAUUUUUCAGACCAAAUACGUGUGCAAACUGUCACGAAAGAUUCCGCUUCAAUAUUCACGGUAUGCGCUGCCGAGACUGCAAAGCGGUUGUCCACGCGGGUUGCGCGGAACAAUUGUCAACUCUUUGCGUUCCGUAUAACAGGGCUUAUCAACUAGGUGAAUUAUCUCAUUAUACACCGACCAUUGCCCCAAUGAUUCCACCACUGAUUGUUCAUUGCGUCAACGAGAUCGAAAUGAGAGGGUUGAACGAGGUGGGCAUCUAUCGGGUCCCCGGCUCGGAUCUCGGAAUUCGCAUGCUGAAGGAACAGUUUCUGUUCGGCGAAACCUUACCCGACCUAAGCACUGUGGAUAUAAAUGUGCUCUGUGGCUGUGUGAAGGACUUUCUGCGUUCGCUGUCCGACCCGCUGAUACCACUGGUUGUUUUGAGGGAUUUCUCCAACGCCGUUCAAACGAUGCCCAUAAGCAUGAAGCGGAGGGCACUAUCUAGUGCAAUUGAAAGGCUACCUCAGCCCAAUCGGGAUACAUUAGCCUUUCUAAUGUUACAUCUCCAGAGAAUUAUCGGCUGUAAAGAAAUCAAGAUGACACGGGAGAACCUUGCUCGAGUUUUCGCGCCCACAAUCGUAGGUUAUUCAAGUGAGAAGCUUGAUGGGCACGCCAUCUUCGCGGAAACCCUCAUUCAAUUUAACAUCCUCGACAAUUUGCUGAAAUUUCCAUGCGAUUACUGGAUGCAGUAUAUGAACAUUGAGCUCGAAAUCGAGCGUUGA